CAUGUGCCAGUGCGUGCAAACAGUGACUUCUGAACGCGUAAUUUCUCAAACGCGUUGGUCUGACAGCCGAGCAGGCCGAGGGAGUUCUCCCCAGAGCUAUGUAAUCUAUCAUGGCAGCCGCAGGAUCUUCUCCUUGAAAGUGGAUUGUUUUCACUAUUCUCUCGGCUAUUAUCGUCCGAAUCUCGGCGUAACUUCUUUCCUAUCUGAAUGUCGGACCCCGGCGGCCUGUCGUUUCUGAUUACAGUGGACGGCAGAGUCCCUUGCCAUUUCGGCAGGUGCAGGCUGUCAAGACGUUAAUGUAAACAAAUUUGAGCUUCAACAUGCCAGCGCCUACUUUGAAACCUCUCAUCAGAGGGAAGUGCCUCCAGGAUCUAAAACCCUUAUAUGAUGCAGAUUUUUCCAAGAGAAAUGUUUCACAAUUAUUGAAAUCGGCCCCUAAAAUUUUAGAAGCAGCAAAAGAUAAUGAAAAAAGAGGAAAUCAAGAAGAUAGCUUCAUUCAUUUUAUGAAAUACUUAAGUCUAGUAGGAUAUAUUAUAAACUCAGAUGAGUAUAAGAAAAGGAAAACUGAAAUCGAUGUACUAAAGCGUAAUAUGAUCUAUGCCAUGGAUUCGGCAGAGAAAUUGAGUAAGAGUUUGAAAGAAAGAUAUGAACAAGAAAAGGCGAAAACAGAAGCAGUUAUUCUAAAAGAAAAAAAGGAGGAUACAAAAGAAAAGCCUUCAUUCAGUCAGCCUAAUGAUGUACUCAUUCCUGAAACAAAUUUGGAAAAGUCUCGGGUUAGUCUUACAAGUAUGGAGCUCUACGUAAUUCUGCAAGAGAAACUUUCUAAUGUUCUUAUCCUGGAUGCAAGAAGUAAGAAUGAGUUUCUUGAAUCCCACAUUAAAUUUGACUGUUGUAUCAGUGUACCUGAAGAAAUUUUGGGUUCAAUAUGUAGUGCUCGCAAGCUUGCAGAAAAGCUACCAUCCGAUUCAAGAGAAAGGUGGAUUAAACGUCUCGAAGUAGAGUAUCUUGUCUUGAUGGACCUGUCCUCAAGUGCCACUAAUCUACAAUCAAACUCGCCUUUGCAUCGUCUCCAAACAAUUAUUUUGCAGUGGGAUCCUCAUGAAAAAUACAAAAGUAAGCCACUUAUUCUUGAUGGUGGUUUUCGUGAGUGGUUGAACCAUUACCCAAUGUUUAGUACCAAUUCAAAUCCAAAACUACCACUUGAGGAUUUUGACGACCAUUUACAUAUUGAUGAUGUUGUUUACCCUGAAUUAGCUGAUGAAACACCUCAGUUCUCUAGAACAACUAAACCAGCCGUCAAGGAAAUUGGUGUCUCUGAUGGUUUGGCUGAUGAGAAAGGAGUCCAGCUGUUCCCAAAUGGUAAAGAUAUUUCUACAAUCGAAAUCAAAGUUGAGGCUAAGGAAGAUCCGUCUCAAAUCCCUGUAAACGAAAUUUCAUCUGGGACUAAUUUGAAAAAUCAGUCAGUCAACUCAUUCAACAUUCCAAAUGUUGAUCGUAGCAGCAAGUUUGCUGCUUUAAAGACAUACAAUGAACUAGGAAAUUCAAAAAGUCGCAAUGACAUCCCUAACAAGGACAGAAAUACUUUGUUUCUUAAUGAAAAGAACCUACUUAUGAAUGAGGAGAACGAUAUUUUGAAGAAACAGGAUGAUGAAUUUGGAGGGGAAAAGGGUGUAGAUAAUGUACCUCCUAAAUCAUCUGGCUUAUCUUCUAUUACAGGUGACAUUAAAAGUAUUGGGGAAAGCGAAAGGCAGAGUUUAAGCAAAUUGAGAGGAAAUCCAAGCACUCCUACAGCUGCCAAGAACAUUGACUUGUCUGUACCUACAUCUAGCUCUGGUUUAAAAAGGUCCAGGUCAUCUCCUAAUAUUGCUCAGGCUGUUCAAGAUUCUGAGCCAAAAGCUCCACUCCCUCAUUUUGACCGAAACUCCAAGCCAGUAAUCCAGAAACCACAAAAUUUAGAAUUCAUAAAUCGCCAAAGAAAUUUCCAAGAAGUCUAUGGCAAUGUUAAACAAGGAUUAACUGGACUGAGGAACCUUGGAAAUUCAUGUUACAUGAACUCUAUUUUGCAAUGCAUCAGUAAUAUAAGUGUCCUUAGCAAUUACUUCUGUAGCGGUAAAUAUAAAGAAGACAUGAAUCGAAGCCCUUCUAAUCCCACACGAGGGGAAGUAGCUGACGAGGUUGCCCAUGUUAUUCGCAACCUGUGGAUGGGGCAGUACCGCUCCAUAGCAUGCCGAGAUUUUAAGCGUGUGGUUGGAAAGCACAUGGACCAGUUUCGUGGCUGUGGGCAACAAGAUGCCCACGAAUUUCUUACUUUUCUUAUGGAUUGGCUUCACAAUGACCUGAAAAUGCUGAAGGAGGACCAUGUUAAAGAGAUUUCUAACUCAUUAGCUGGAUCUAAUAAAAGUAGCAAUGUGGAUGCCUUAACAGGUGGUCUCAAUGCUUGGAAGGAUUUUAGAAGUAAGCAUGAGUCAUUUAUGCUUGCUGCUUUCUUUAUUCAACAAGUCUCUACUGUACAGUGCUGCAUUUGUGGGGCAAAAUCUAUGAAUUUUGAAGAGCCAACAUCCAAUCUCACCCUCCUAUUGCCCAGUACUCAAAAAUGCACUUUGUCGGAAUGUUUAAGAUUAUAUAUAACCAAGGAAAAGAUAUCUGGAUACAAAUGUGAAUCUUGUCAUGGGUUGCAUGAUGCAGAAAAAUCUGUAGAUUUAUGCCGCCUACCCCCUAUUCUUAUUAUUCACCUCAAAAGAUUCUAUGCAAGUGGGUUCUACCAAAAACGUCAAACUUUUGUUGACUUUCCUCUGGAAAACUUAGACAUGAGAGACUACACUCCCAAUGUUCACCAGACUAAUACUAUCUACAAUCUUUGUGGUGUGUCAAAUCAUUAUGGUACUCUUGAAGGAGGACAUUACACAGCAUAUUGCAAGAAUGGAGGAAAAUGGUAUAAAUAUGAUGACCAAGAUGUGUCUGAAAUCUCACGUUCAAGUGUAAAAACACAAAAUGCGUACAUUUUAUUUUAUGAAGCUGUGAACUAACAUAAACAGUAUGCUUAUCAUCCUGAAUAUGUAUGUGAUGGUUUUUGUGUAGACUCUCAGUGACUGUACUGUUCAAAUGAUAUGAAAAAAUAUAUAGAGAAACUCCUGAAUUGUGUCAGCUAUGUAAGGACAGGUGUACAUUUUAUUUUUUUAAAGGUGCUGCAGUGGUUAUGUACAUUAUUAAUUGGGAGUAUGUAGUCACAGCACCCCAACACAAAUUUUAAAAUCUUUAUUAAUUGUUUUAUUUUCAAUGACUUUUAAUGUUUUUCUUUGUAAUAUUUGUUUUUCCUUUGAAAGGAAAGGAUUCUUACUUUUACAGAGAAAGCAAUUAGAUUUGCAUUUCAAUUAUCUAUUGUAUCUAUAUCAUUCUAUCUUUAUUAUCCAACAAUCACUGUUGUGAGAAAAUUAAUUUAAUGUGUUAUUGUCUGUGAUUCUCAACUCAUUCAAGUAUGGGAGAAAUGUCAUCAGUGAUAAAUUGCGACACUGCUCUCAAAAGAUUUAUCAUGUUGAUCCUGAAGAAAACAGAAACAAUUUUGUUCUCUCUGAUUCUCUCUGAAAUUUACCUUAACAUUCAAUCCAGUAGUCUGAAUAUUAUGUGCACCACUCAGGUCAUAGGUUUGGUCAGUAGUAGUGUCACAAAAUGCUCCUUGAUUUGAUGCGGUUUCAAUGACCACAUUGAUUUCAUACAUGUACCCUUUUUAUUUGCCAUAAGUGGAAUUUUUGAAUUUUCCCAAUACUAUGUGAUAUCUGUUACAUUUAUUUACAACAUAAUUAUUAUGUUCAUAUAAAACUAUAUGUAACAACAAUUUAUCUAAGCAGCUGUUAUGAAUUUCUGUUUAAUAAAGAAAACAAAAUGCUA